UUUGUUCUGCCCUUCGGAAGAGCACCUACAUCCAGUGCAAGUGCAAGCUUGUACGUGAUGCAGGCGGAGAAGGAGACUACGGCGGCGGCGGCGCACCCCGCGGCUGGCAAGCCGCCGAGCAUCUGCGACAGGCUCCAGAGGGCCUUCCACGCCCGGCCGGCGUUCCGGCCCCUCCGCCGCCUCACCGUCCGCCACCAGGACGGGGAUGGUGAAACUGCCAAGCCCGCCGGCGAUGGCGACGGCGCCGCGCCUGUGCCUGACCCUAAUAAGCACAGCGGCCCGCCGGUGCCGGCCCCGCCGCAGCCACUCACGCCGUCGCCGGCUCCGGCUGGCGGCGCCCCCGCGGCCACGUCUCCGCAGCCUGUUCCUGUGCGCUUACCGGCCGUCGCAGAGAAGAAGGCAGCGCCGCCGGGGCCGCCGGUGCCCGCGCCACCGCCGGACGUCAAGGCGGGAAUGGUGGUGGCCGCGGCGGACGCCAAGGCUGGGGACAAGGCUCCGCAGGCCAAGGGGAAGGCCAGGGUGGGCUCCAGGGUCCGCAAGGCGCUCUCGUCCAAGUAGGCAGGGUUCCAUUUGCUGGUGGAUGUGCUCGAUCUCAUAUGAAUUGUCUCGUUGAUAUGGCCGAUAUCGAUCCCAUGCGGCAUAUACGGGUGGACUAAGAAUUACUCUCUAGUCUCUCUAGCCUUGUCUGAGUGUCAAAAUGUAACGCAAACUCUAUUUGGUUAAGAUAAAAGUUAUCAAUAGACUAUCAUCUCCAAUGAUUUAUAAUUUUA